AUGUCUUCAAACAAAACCAAAGACAAGCCAAAGAAAGUCUCAUCGGAAUCUGACUCUUCAGACGAUUCAUCUUCCGAUGAUGAUUUAUUUCAUCACAAAGCUGCAAAAUCGUACAAACAAUCAACAUGGAAAUAUUCACAUGCUCCUCCAACAUCACCAAGUGAGCCUAACAAGAAGAAGAAUCUAUUGAAAUUGCAAAAGCUUCCUCUCCAAACUCAAAAAAAUGCGAAAAGAAAUUCAGUCACCGAUGAAGAUUCAAAAAAACGAAAACCAAAUGAAGAAUUAAAGAAAAUUAUAUUAGAACAAAAAAAGCAAAGAAGAGAACAGAAGCGAACAAAACACACUCAUAGCUCGUCGAUUCCUCCGGAAGAUAUCAUUUCAAUCGAUGACGAUCUUACUCCGACGACAGUAGAAAAUGCACCAAGUAGUUCUAGCACUUUUCCUACUGCAACAACAAGCACAUUGUUUGGAAACAUGGGUAGCACAUUUUCAUCAAGUUCGACCAUGUUUGUCGGCAACAGAGCUCUCAGAAAAAGAAAGACAGCGUAUCGAACAGUCUCUCAAAAACAGGAAUUGAGGCCUGAGCUGAAGCUUGACGAUUCAACAUUAAUUGAUCAAGAAGAGGAAGCAGACAAUAAGGGAGAAAAAAUUAUCAUUAGAGUGAGAUGGAAUGAAAAACCCUCGACAGCCAUUGAGAUUAUUGAUGAUACGGCCACCAAAGUUACCAUUAAUGUAAGGGCAAAAGAAAAGACAUUUCCAGUCAAGAUCAGCACGACGGACAAAUUUUCAAAGAUUGCAAAGUAUGUUUCAAAACAGCUGAACGUGGAUGACUCAAAAGUCAAGUUACUGUUAGAUGGAAUGGUUCUUGAUUUAAAUGACACUCCUGAGGACCACGACAUGGAAGAUGAAGACAUUAUUGAUUGUCAAAAAACAAAGUGA